UCUAUAACUUUCCGAUAAUCUCUCCUUAAAUAUAUGACCCAUGAUUCCUACAUUCUAACCAUAUAUAUAUAUAUAUAUGUAUGGAGUAUGGAGUAAUAGUUAUGGCCUAAUUUCCUUUCUAUAUAUGCCACAACACAAAACCUUGAAGCCUCAGUAGCAUCACACUUCAAUGGCAAUCAUCAACAUGUAUGCAAAAUGCACAAACUCCUAUGUUGUUGGGUUUAUCUGCACAAUUUUGUUGUUGAGAUCAGUAGCAGAAUGCAGAGAGGUCAAUGGUGUAUUGGAGAAUCUUGAGUACCCUGCAAUUAGUUGCAGAAAACACAGUGCAAGUUUGAUUGAUUUUGGUGGAGUUGGUGAUGGCAAAACAUCCAAUACAAAGGCCUUUCAAUAUGCAAUUGGGAACCUGAGCCAUUAUGGUUCUGAUGGUGGAGCAUUGCUUGUUGUGCCACCUGGGAAAUGGUUAACAGGAAGCUUCAAUCUCACUAGCCAUUUCACUCUUUUUCUCCACCGUGACACUAUCAUCCUCGCGUCUCAGGAUGAAUCAGAAUGGCCUGAACUUUCUGUACUACCAUCAUAUGGUAGAGGAAGAGACGCUCCUGAUGGAAGGUUUAGUAGUCUCAUUUUUGGAACAAACCUCACUGAUGUUGUAGUUACUGGUUAUAAUGGGACAAUUGAUGGACAAGGCUCUUAUUGGUGGGAUAAGUUUCAUAAGGGUGAAUUGAAACUUACUAGACCAUAUAUGAUUGAGAUUAUGUUCUCUGAUCACAUUCAGAUAUCAAAUCUCACUUUGAUCAAUUCCCCAUCUUGGUUUGUCCAUCCAAUUUACAGCAGUGACAUCAUAAUUCAAGGACUCACCAUUGCUGCACCAACUGACUCUCCCAACACAGAUGGAAUAGACCCUGAUUCUUGUACCAAUACAAGGAUUGAAGACUGCAAUAUUGUCUCUGGUGAUGAUUGUAUUGCAGUUAAGAGUGGUUGGGAUGAGUAUGGAAUAAAAUUUGGAAUGCCAAGCCAACACAUAGUAAUUAGAAGGCUUACAUGUGUAUCCCCUGAUAGUGCUAUGAUUGCAUUAGGCAGUGAAAUGUCUGGUGGAAUCCAAGAUGUUAGAGCCGAAAACCUCACUGCUAUCGAUACUGAAUCGGCCGUUAGGAUCAAAACUGCAGUUGGUAGAGGAGGAUAUGUUAAGGACAUAUUUGUUAAGGGAAUGAACUUGAACAACAUGAAAUAUGUGUUUUGGAUAACAGGUUCUUAUGGAUCACACGCUGACAAUGAUUUUGAUCCAAAAGCACUUCCUGAUAUUAGUGGCAUAAACUAUAGAGAUGUCAUAGCAGAUUACUGCAAUUAUACAGCAAAACUUGAAGGGAUUCCUAAUGAUCCUUUUACAGGAAUCUGUAUAUCUAAUAUGAGUAUCACAAAUAGUGACAUGAAGAAAUUGCAAUGGAAUUGCACUGAUGUUGAAGGUGUUUCAAGCAAUGUUAGUCCUGUCCCUUGUGAAUUGCUAUCACAGAAGGAAGAGAAGAAAUUUGAUUGUCCUUUUCCAGAUGAGAAACUUCCCAUUGAAAGUGUUAUGUUGAAGACUUGUUCCUUUAAAAGUGUCUAAUUCUUAUAGUAAUAUGAUUAUGAAUGUAGUUAAAUUUUGAAUCCAAUAUCCAUUAUAGUAAAAACAGUAUUGUGAUCUAUGUAUUUAGGAGAUUUUAGUGAAAUGAAGUUGUAUUACUAUUACAAUUUACAAAUAUAUAGUGACUAUUUUACAAAAUUUAUUUGCUAUUCAGCUUUAUUCUGCUUUAUGCUGUUUGACAACAAGGUUCAAUUUGUCUUUAAGCCUGUUUAAACUA